AUGCAUAUGGGGCACCUAUGGAUCUGGCAAGCCAUGUUCAAGAAUGUUCAUUUCUUUUUAAGAUAUGUGCUGUAUUUAGAAUUCCACACUGCCGCCGCCUUAUCUGCAAUUGCAUAUAUGUCGACGACUUGUUUGACGCCGUUGAGUGGAUUUGUUGCAGACUAUUUGACGAAUCGAGGUUACGUCCAGUCGACGACUCUGCGCAAACUCUACACGACUUUUGGUGACAUGGGACCGGCAGUGUUCCUUCUGGCGGCUGCCUAUUCUGGUUGCCAUAGGAUAAUGGCGGUCUGUUUCUUUAUUAUAGGGAUGGCACUGACGAGUUUCUACUUCAGUGGUACCAGAAUCAACACUUUAGAAUUUGCACCGAAUUUCAGUGGAACCGUUAUGGGUUUUAUGAAUACGUUUAACUUUAUUCCUGUUUUAAUUCUGCCAAAAGUUGCAGCCUCUGUAUCAUCCAAAAAAUCGUUGACGGAGAAAAGGAUGAUGUUCUGGAUAGACUUGGGUAUAAUUGCUUGGGCGAAUCUCGUGUAUAGUAUAUUUGGGUCUGGGGAUGUUCAGUCGUGGAAUUACGAAGGUGAGGAAGAAGAACUGUAUGAGGCAUCAAGUAGUGCCCCUUCUACAUCAAGAUAUAACCAAGUGUUACCUCAACAUCAACCACGAAAUAAAGUAUAA